AUGGCAGCUUCAGGAGGCCUUGAGCAUCAAGAUGAAGAUGGCCUCUGUGGAGUAGGGCUCCCACCAAUUAGGAAUAACGCAUAUAGAAGUCCUGUCGGAAGAAGAGGUAUCGGAGAGACAAUAAGUUUGUUAUUCGGUCAGAAGUUCUCACCAAAUGCGUCGGCCAUUCUACCCCGGGUCACUCCCAAGGCUUCGUCACGAACUCCACGCCUGCCUACUCGCCAGGGCAUAGUUUCUACCCUAGCUACUCUUCAUCUUACCGAUGAUGAGUAUACAGUCACCGGCGCAAAGCGUCCACGAUUCCUUAGAGCUUGCAAGGGAGCUCUAUUGGCAAUGAGGGAGGGUUACGAAGCUUCAGAUGGUUUCAUUAACUCUGCAGGUAUUGCCGACGUUCAUUAUUCGGAUGUGGAUAUAGGAAGUUUAGAGUUGGGCAUUGGAGAUGUUGGAGCACUGCAUAUAGAUGGGCACGAUGACCCAACAGAAUAUCUGCCUGUGAGUUAUCCCCGGGGAGGCACAACUCCAUCACUACCCGAAUGGAGAAACCUACAGCCAAUGCUCGGUCUGGGUCUGGGGUCUGGAACAGACUCACACCGCUUGGCGACAGCCCAGUCGGGUUUUAUGAUCGCCGAGCCAAGAAGCUCACCGAGUGCAGGUGCUUUUUCAUCGGCACCGGGUGGUACUUACGGAGGUUCUGACAAGUUCUGUUGA